GGAUAUUUUCAGCGCUUCAAGAGCGUAUCAAUAUGAGCUUGGAAGCUUUUCCGGUUAAGCCGACAAAGUAUUAUUAAUCAGUCCGCACUGCUCCUGCUUACUCUGAAGAAAUGCUCUCUGACAAUAGCUUAUUUGCCUUCGUUGCUUGACAUGAUUCCAACUGUCCGGAGACCAAGAAAAGACGCAAGGAACAAACGUUUCCCUGUAUCUUUCACUUGCAUAUUACUCAUCAUCAUAUCAAUCAUGAUUACUUACGGUUUGCCUACCAUUCUCCAAGGCUACUAAGUAGUACUUGGAUAUACUCCGUCGCCGAAGGAGGACAAUUUCUCCGAACCGCCAAAACCAGAUUGGGAUUCCAGACCCCCCGCAACCCCCAGGGUUGUUAGAAACACUGGUCCAGUUAUGUGGGCACGUGCAGCAGUCACUUUGAGAAUUGGACAAGCUUUGCCCAAGCUGGCGGCUUGGUUUCUGGUCCUCUCUCAGCCCGCAAAUCAUCCGUGUGGCACGCUGAUCAUCGACCCUUCUAGUCGCAAUGGCCCCCUCAUCUACGACUCGAAUAAUUAGCCAGGAGGGGUUACGGCUUGAUCGAAAACAGCAGAUACAAGGAAUGCAGUCUUUGGUCUACUGGGUACUUCGAGACUGGUGCGUGCUAGAUAGAUCGAGUCGACUCCCAGGACCCGCGAACAUCUCUUGGUGCCUCUUCACGGUGCAGAGUCAAAAAGUCAGAAUGAAGUCUUCUAUUACCAUUUGGCUUGGGAUUAUCGCCUUCGCCGCCGCUCAGACAACACCCGAUGCUCAAAUAUCACUCUCGGAUAUAGCUAACAGUGCUGCUACGACUGAGCCUUACUCCCCUGUAUCGUACGUCGAGGGUCUCGCUUUCAAUCGCUUUUUCCAGGUCUGGUUUGAGAAUAUUGACUUCGAGGAUGCAGCAGCAGAUAGCAACUUACAAUGGCUAGCGUCACAAGGGAUCGCUUUGACAAAUUUAUUUGCUGUCACCCACCCGUCUGAACCGAACUAUUGUGCUGCGGCUGGAGGCGACACUUUUGGCAUGGACAACGAUGGCUUCCAACGGGUUCCAGCCAAUGUAUCAACUAUAGUCGAUCUGCUGGAUACUAAGUAUAUCUCCUGGGGCGAGUACCAGGAACACUUGCCUUACCCGGGCUUCCAAGGGUUCAACUAUUCGAACCAAGAGACGUACGCCGAUGACUACGUUCGGAAGCACAACCCACUCAUCCUGUAUGACUCAAUUACCAAAAACAGCAUGCGCUUGCGCCAGAUCAAAAACUUUACACACUUCGAGAAUGACCUGACGAACAGGAAGCUUCCACAGUGGGCUUUUUUCACUCCGAACAUGACAAACGAUGCUCACGACACCAAUAUCACGUUCGCUGCUAAGUGGCUGCGCGGUUGGAUUUCCCCGUUGCUCACAAACGACUACUUUAUGAAUGACACACUAGUCCUCAUUACUUUCGACGAGGACAAAACUUACAGGAAGACCAAUAGAAUAUUCAGCAUCCUUUUAGGAGGGGCUGUUUCAGAUCACCUACGGGGUACCCAAGAUGAUACAUUCUAUACCCAUUACUCUGUCAUCGCCAGUGUUUCUGCAAAUUGGGGUCUCCCGUCCCUCGGUCGCUGGGAUUGUGGAGCCAAUAUCCUUGAGAUUGUUGCCAAUAAAACUGGCUAUGUCAACUCAAAUGUGAACACAACCCAUCUUACGCUCAACCAGACAUACCCGGGGCCUCUUUCAAAUGGGCAGUUGUCUAAAUUCUCGCCAAUUUGGCCGAAUCCCGUCACCGACGCUAAAUGUUCUGCUGGUCAUGGAGUCCUUGAUAUCGUCAAGAGGACUUAUGCUGGAACUGAACCAAGCUAUAACUAUACAAGCCCCUUCCCUUACGAUACUAAGAGCGGCUACAAUGUGGGUGUCAUGGCAACUCCGAGGUCCUUCGCACUCCUAUGCGUGAUCUCCACUGCCAUGCCCAUUUUGCCCGGCGUUAUCUGGCUGCUCGAUACAUAGGUAAAUGACAAAGAAAUAUUCAACUCAAUCUUUAUAGGGGAGAUUUCGUGAUCCACCAUUCUACAUAUUGAUAUCAGUGUGCCCAUCCCGGGACCAUCUUUAUCAAAAUGGUUUUCUCCUCCAAGUAUUGUCCACACUAUACAUGUAUCCCAAUAUCGCUCAUUUUCUACCC